AUGAAAGGUUCACGCUCAAGAGUACCGUCGCCCACACCGACAGCGUUCUCAGGCAUCUCAAACUAUCGCACAGACUCAUACCGCCCCGUUAAGGACAAGAACGCUCCUCCAGUUCCCCAAAUCGAUUAUCGCAGCGUAUCCAGAACACAUUUCGAGGAGCUCAGCAAGUAUCUAGCAGCUUAUCUUGCCAGAGCUACCCCCAACUCAAGGUCGAGUGCCCGACAAAAGCUCACCCGCCUCACCAUCCAACAGUUUCAUGAACUUUCGACCGACGUAUAUGAUGAACUGAUCCGUAGAAAGAACGAAAAAGAAGUAAUACCGUUCCUUCCCGUGCGAGAGGAGUUUCAUCCAAAACGAAAUCAAGCUCGACAGAAGCUCGCCACGCUUCCCACGUCCCGGUUCGAAGAUUUGUCGAGUGACGUUUACUUCGAGCUGGCAAGACGUUAUCCUGAGUUUAAGGAAGAUCCUCUACCGUCGGGAAAUAUCUCACCAGGCUCAGCGUACGAUGAUUAUCCGUCCCCCGACUUUUCACCUGCCCCAGCUCGCAUGACGAAUUCCAGAACUUCAGGGCGAGCAUCUGUAGACAGAGGAAUGGAUAGCGGUUAUGGAGAUAGCGUGUCUAGUCGACGGCCCUCGCAAGAUCGACGUCGACCUAGUGAAGUUGAUUAUUCUGGACGACGGAGUGAGGACAACUAUUCUGGUCGGCGGAGCGAGGAUAGCUACUCAGGCCGCCCAAGUGCGGACAACUAUCGAGGUCGUGUUAGCGAGGAUAACUACCGUGGAAGAGCUAGCGAGGACGGUUAUUCGCCGAACGUAUCUUCACGACGAAAACCAUCACAAGACACCACGCGAAGAUCCGAAGAUCGAGAACGACCACUGCGUGAAGAUCAUGGCAGAGGGAGGAAACCGAGUGUCUCGGCAAGUGAAUCAACUGUGAACACUCCAAGCACUAUGGCGACAAGUGGCAUGAUUAUCCCAAACAAAAGUACUAUGGAGGAAGAGUAUAUUGAAGUCCCUUACGGGAGAGACAGAGAUAUAAGGGAGAGCGGCAGCACAGCUACGACUACCGAGGACAGGGAUCGAAGAGAGACCAGUCAAGAGCGUGGUUACGACAACGAACCAGAUAGUGCAAGUGACUAUCCGAGUCCGAGUCCCAGGAGCCCUUCUGGCGGUCUCAGUGGUCUCAGUGCUAGACUUCGGGGCGUUGAGGAUGACGAUGAUAUCGACGGUAAGAGUGGAGACGAUUUCUUUGAGAGAGACAGAGCAUCUGUGUCAAGAGCGUCGGAUCGUUCGGUUACAGGCAUCUCUAGUCGUCUAGCUUCGACUGGGCGUUCAGCCCCGAUAGCUGAUCAUGAGAAGAUUCGAAAGGAUUACGAGCUCAAGAUCGCAACAAUGCAGACCCAGAUCACAAAUCUUCAACGAGACCUUAGUGAAUCACAAGAAGGAGAAAAGACAGUGAAAGACAGUGAAACUCGAGUCAAGCAGAUGGAGGAGGAACUUGACAACUUCCGCAAGCGAGCCGAGGAACAGACGUCUGCGAUGCGCAACCUUCAGAAGGAGCUCGAUGACCUCAGGGAGAUCAGACAGCUUGAGAAGGAGCGCGAAGCUCGACGGGCGCGGGAGGACGAAGAGGAGCUCCAAAUUUUGCGCGAUCGCAUCGAGAAGCUUGAGGAAGAACGGUCGAGCCGCCCAGUAGAAUCGGAUGCGGAACUCAUGGAAAAACUUCGCUCUGAUAUGCAGAACCUCAUCACUGAACUUGGAGAUUUAUCACGUCGCAACGACGAGCUAACAACUGCCAAUCACACGCAGCUCAUUUCAAUGCGCGAUCUAGAACACCAAGUCAAGGAAUAUAAGCGGAAAUAUGAGCAAGCCAAAACGGAGCUACGCAGCGUCAAAGCCACUUCGCAACUCUUCACACAAGCACCGAAGAUGGACAAGCUCGAGGAUCAACUACCAGUUUCACCCGAAGGUGGCGUGCUAGAUAUUCACGUUACUGCCUUCGUCACUGCAGUCGAUGCCCUACUGCUUGCGGGACGUUCAAAUGCCCCGACUCGAGUUCUCACACCCAUGAAAUCCAUCGUCAAUGCCGUGACUUCCAUCAUCGAUGAUAUUCGCACAUUUGAACGGAGGCCUCAAAAAUCAGAACUUGAUUAUAAUGGCCUCCGAUUCCUUCGUGAAAGAGCUGAAGCUACUCUUAGCAAUCUCGUUGCGGCUGCCAAAACUCACGCCACCAGUGCGGGGAUGUCUCCAGUGAGCUUAUUGGAUGCAGCCGCAAGUCAUGUUGCCGCCACUAUCACUGACAUUGGCAAGACCAUAUUCAUACGAAAGGCCACUAAGUCAGAGCAAGAGCAUUUUACUCCCCACAGCCCGUCGCCUUCAGUUACGAAUAUAUUUUCGCCUACCCUACGCUCUGUGGACGAUAUCUACUCAGCAAAGAGUGCUUCUGGUCGGUUUGUGGAUGACUAUACUCGACGUCCUCCGUCGGAAAAUUCGAGCUCAGAACAAACGAACUCACCACCACCUAUAUUCGACCAGCCAACAACAGGAAUGACGAGUGAUGGUGAUGCAGCUGAAGAUAAUUGGGCCGAGCUCAAGCCAUAUCUCGAGGCACAGACCGAAAGUAUCGUUUAUGCUAUCCAGAGCGUCCUUUCUGGUGUCCGCAGUCCCACCCCUUCUCCAACCUUGAACGAAAACGUAACGCAGAUCAUUACGAUAGUCUCCAGCAUAGUGGCUGUAUGCAAGGACAACUUCCCCACCGCCACCAUCCAACAAGGAAACGAAAUUCUACGAGAGCUCAGUGAGCAUGCCAACAAGCUGAGCGAGGUGCAGGCACUUCCGGAAGUGACGAAAGAGUCGCGACAGAUUAUGGCGAAGUCGAGCUUCGCGAUUGCAAACGCAAUGAAAGGCUUGAUGAAGUUAUGA